AUGCCACUGCGCGACCCGCCCCUGAAUCGUCGACAGGCCGAAAGAGAAAUUGUAAGAAGUCGAUCCAACAAGUCCCAACCCUUUGCUUCUCGGACACUGCUCGGUCUAACGUACCUGCAGUGCCUGCUGCGCGACCGAGAUCGCUGUCUGGUAACUGGGACGGCCAACCUCGAAGUGUGCCACAUAUUCCCAUUCGCUACCAACAACAGCAGCGACAAGGUGGGCCGGCUGUUGCAAUUUGAGAUUGCGAGCUUGUCCGGUGCAGCAGGCGAUGAUAACUUUCUUUACGAAGACGACGACGAGUACGAGCGAGACGAGGACGAAGGAGAGGGGCCGAUUUAG